UUGGUUGUGUCAGAAUUUGAGCAUGGUGGUUGUGUUGUGUAUGAUGGGGGCGUGAUCAAAUAUUUAAUUUAGAACAUUAUCUAGUAUUUUUUUUCCAAAUUGAGUUUUGUAAUUGUGUACAGUAAAAUGCCGUCUAUCGAUGAUAUAAAAAAUGAAUAUCCUAUACAUUGGCUUGUGUGGAAUAAUGACUACAAGGAAUUGGACAGAGUACUGUCAAAAGAUGGGUGCGAUAAAGAGAAGAGAGACACGAGAGGACGAACACCACUGAUGUUAGCUGUUACACUUGGCCACCUAGAAUCUGCACGCGUCCUACUGCAGCACACCACCAAUGUCAACACAGAAAAUUGUGAUGGAUGGACUGUUGUCCAAGAAGCAGUGGCCACUGGUGACCCAGAGAUGCUACAGUUAGUCCUAGAAAGGAGAGACUUCCAACGAUACUCAAGUCGAGUUGGUGGUAUACCUGAACUGCUACAGAAACUGAAAGAGGCACCUGACUUCUACGUUGAAAUGAAGUGGGAAUUCACUAGCUGGGUACCACUGGUAUCUCGGAUGUGUCCAAGUGAUACCUAUAAAGUGUAUAAACAAGGCUCAAAUGUACGGAUUGAUACUACUCUUCUUGGAUUUGACCAGACUAACUGGCAGAGAGGAAAUAGGAGCUAUAUAUUUAAAGGACAAAACAUAGCAACUCCCACAGUGAUCCGCUGUGAUAGAAGCUAUAUUUUCAAACUGCAGACAGCUGAAACAGGUGAUUCUGCUGUUAUGAUGGAAGUGGAUCAUGAGACAAAACAAGUCUAUGUUGAACAGAUGCGUAUGAUAUCUCCAGAAGAACUUCAGUACCUACAACCUUCAGAAGAAGCAAUUUCGUCACGUCUUACAACACCUAUUGUUACAACUUAUAUAGAUACGGAUAAAAUUAGUUUUGAAAGGAAUAAGUCAGGUAUUUGGGGAUGGCGAUCUGACAAAAGUGAACCAAUCAAUGGGCACGAAUGCAAGGUCUUUGGAGCUAGCAAUGUAGAACUCGUUACCAAAACUCGGACAGAACACCUUACAGAAACAGAUAAAGCAAAAGCGAGAUCGCCAAAGACACCAUUGCAGUCAUUCCUUGGAAUAGCAGAAGUGGAAGAAAAACAAGUGGUACCAGAAGCAAAUAAUGAGGAAUACUGUCAUGUGGGAAACCCAUGUAACAUAAGCCCUGAGGAGUACUUCGACAGUGAAGAUCUUCAUGGAAGGGAUAUAGGACGUCCUAAAGAAAUAAACACAAAAAUACAAAAGUUCAAAGCUACAUUGUGGCUUUGUGAAGACUAUCCUCUCAGCUUGCAAGAACAGAUCAUGCCAAUAGUUGACCUGAUGGCAAUUUCCAGUUCACAUUUUGCCAAGCUGAAGGAUUUCAUACAGAUGCAGCUUCCUGCUGGAUUUCCAGUUAAAAUAGAAAUUCCGUUGUUCCAUGUUCUGAAUGCAAGAAUUACUUUUGGGAACAUAUUCGGAAUGGAUGAAGAAGUUGGGGGAGUAUCGAUCGUACGCGAAGAGGAUAGAAUAAGCUGUGUUGUGGAGGACAAUUGUUUUGUACCACCACCAUCAUAUACAAAAAUGGGUGCUGAGGUACGCAGACAGUUCAGUAUGGAAGAAGAAGAUGAACUGCUGCAGUUUGCAAUUCAGCAGUCUCUUAUUGAAGCAGGCAGUGAAAAGGAUGAGGUGGAUAUCUGGGAGGCCUUAAGAGCACAGCGUCCAUCCCGGCCUACCACUCCAAAUGUACAAGCUGAGGAGGAGCGCCAGUUACAGAGUGCCUACGAGGGUGUCCAGAAUGGAUUACUGAAUCCUUAUAAUCUCCCACACUGAUCCUGCUUGGAAAUUGUGAUAAGAGACCUAUUUGUAUUACCUUUACUGUAAAUGAAAGAUUGUUGUGAUCUCAGAAAGUCUUUCCAUGCUCACCUAAAGAAUAAUAGUGUUGCAGAAUAAAAUCUGUAAAAGCAUAUGUAAGGAUGUCCCAGAAUCAGUAGCAUUAAUAGACUCUUAGUAUCUAUCACUGCAAAAAUAUUUCUAAGCUUAACAGAAAACCUGAUGAGCUGGCCAUAACUUAGCUUUAGGAGGGACAAUUCCCAGUACUACCAAUAUAAACACUCAAAUAACAAAAAGCAGAAAAUUAAAAAAAAAAUGGAAGAACUAAUCCUAUCUUUUAAAACUGUGUGUUGUGUAUUCAGAGAGGAAAGAUGAGUUGUUUGAGGAAGGUUGUAAAAAAGGGGGUGGAGGUUAAUUCACUCUGAUGUUAAUAAGUUGAGAGGAAACCCCUCUGUGUUUACUAAUGUGCUUAACUACUGCUCUCCGGCCUAAAUUCCUUCAUCUUUGUGUUCUUCGCUCCUUACAACACCUGGGUCUGUUUCGAACAACGGUGUGCAAACACCCCCCCCCCCCCCAAAUCCUUUUCCAACCCUCCACAACGAAUACCUCUUUCCUUCUGAAGAAGGCACUUGUAGUUGCAAAAGGUAGGAGUGCUACUUUCUGUUUUAAGUGUUUGUUGGCAAUACUGGGAGUUGGACCACCUUCUGAAGAUAAGUAUGGCCAAUUUUUCCUUUGUCUAUAAACUGAAAUUUCUAUUUUAUACAGAGUAUUUCCGUAUGCAUUUGUACCACACCUUAACAGUUAAUAGCAGCUAUCCUGCCAGAGACUGCAUCAUGUGUUGAAAAGCGACAAAUCUUUCUUUCUAUUCCUCUUGUAUUUUAUUUCCUGUCGAAAAUUUUACAUGCCCCACCCCCAACUUGAAACUACAAAUUUCACUGAAGGAAGUUAAUGCAUAAGUUCCAAUUUCACAUAAGAUUUUUUUUUCCUUUUUGUCCACGUUUGAAAUUGCAUAUUCAAUACCAUAAAGAGUGAAAUGUACAGUAGCUCCUUCUACAGAUUUAGGGUUUGAAAAUAGUACAUUGAUUUUUCUUAUUGCAGGUUGUUGUUCCUGUUAAUGUAACUGAGAUACACCUAAUCACAAUACAAUUUACAUCUGCCUUGCUAGGAACUAGUAGUAGUUUUGUUGCUUCUG